UAUUUUUUCUGUUAAAAGGUUUUUCUCACACGGGUCUUGGAUGUUUUUUACUGAAGAAACUUCGCUGCAUUGAAGUAAACGCGUUCAAUAAAACCCUAUUUCCCAAUUUUGAUCCUCCUUCCUCCCUCUAAUCGUCGUCUACGCGUCCGCCUUCUCCUUCGUUUGCCAUCUUCGGUUUUGUAUUGCACACCAGAUGUCUGUUAGCAUCAACCAGAAGCAUCACUAUUUUGUUUGGGCUGCGUUGAAUCGAAGAAGACAUUGGUGCUCUGGGAAGAUAUUGUUUAGGCAUUGGACUUGACUCUUGUGUGACUUUCUUUUGUUAGAAUUUGCUUCACUGAGACCUACUAGUGCUGUGGUCUUUUCAUUUUAUUUGUCUGUGCGGUUUUUUACUAUUUCCAAUGGCGAAGCUUCCACCAGGGUUUCGCUUUCACCCUACUGAUGUUGAGCUGAUAAUGUACUAUCUAAAGCGGAAGAUCAUGGUGAAAAAGAUCCUUUUUGAAGUCAUAUCAGAACUCAACAUUUAUAAGUUCUCCCCAUCAGAUCUUCCAGACAAAUGUUGCUACAAAAGUAAAGAUCUUGAAUGGUAUUUCUUUUGCCCAAGUGAGAGAAAGUAUGCAAGUGGAUUCAAGAUGAAUCGCACUACUGAUAUUGGAUUCUGGAAAAUUACUGGCAGGGAUAGACGUGUUCUUUAUGAUGAAAAGUUUGUUGGAUCUGUUAAGACUUUGGUUUUUCACCAAGGUAAAGCACCACGAGUGCAGAGAACUGAUUGGGUUAUUCACGAGUAUAGAUUUGAAGAUAAAGAUACGGCAGAUGCAGGAUUUUCGCUGGACGCGUACGUGCUUUGCAAAGUAUUUAAGAAAAGCGGACCAGGUCCCAAAAAUGGAGCGCAGUAUGGAGCACCAUUUAAGGAGGAAGAUUGGGAAGAUAAUGAGACACCUGCUGAACAUAAUCAAUCCAGUAUUCCUUCUUUACCUCUACCUGACAAUGAAACCCGCUCAAUUGUGACCCAGCCUUACAUACAUGAGAUGCCUGUUGAACCUAAUUCAUAUGGUGCAACUUCUGUACCUGCAAUGCCUGACAACCAAAGCUGCUCUGUCAUUACCACCAUGGUUGACCCAGGAAACAAAUAUCUUUGGCAUUUAACUGAACCAGGUCCAUCUUCUGCUGAGCUAUACAGUAAGAAGAUGCCUCAGGAAGAGGAUGAUUACAUGAUUCAGCUCUUUGACAAUUUCAUUGAAGAUCCUGCUAUAUUGUUUGCUGGAAAUGAGGAUAAUCUGGGUACUAACGAUAUGAAUGUUGAAGUUGCAUCUUUCAUUACUGGGAAUGUUAUGCACCACAAUCUUGGAAACCUUGACAACUGUGUAGAACUAGAUCAAACAACAUUUGAUCUUUCCGUAUUCCAGGGAACUGACUAUAGUCAUGACUCCAUAUUUUUCCAAGAUGUUCCCUAUUUGGAGCUCAACGAUCUUAAAAUCCCUCUGAGUCACUCUGCUGAAGCCAUUGAAACGGCGCCAGUAAUGAUGGGUAAUUUCUGUGUACCACAUAGUUCUGAUGUUGACCUGCGACAGUUCUGUUUUGGAAGCAAUUCUUCAGCCAGAAGUCAGCAAGUUGCAGGCCAAAAUCAGCUCCAUGUGCUCCCUGAAUAUCACAACCAGCAAGUUAUUGGGUCUUUUUGGUAAAUGCUGAUGCAGCUAAUGUGAAUCAGGCAUACAAUGCUCCAUACACGACUGAUUUUAGUUCUCACUAGCAGCCAGAGGGCAGUACAUACACUGCUCAAAACCCGGAAAGAGGUAGAUCUUACCAUUUCUGAUGACAGUUCGUGUUCCAGCAGUCAUGUACUAUUCAUUUGUCGUGCUAGUGUGAAUGCAGACAAUGAGUAUGAGAUACUGAAAAUUCUUUGUCUACAAUGUUCAUUUUUUCAAAUCGGAGAAUUCAGUGUCGGACAUAAAUAAGUUCCAUUUAAUCUGGUGUACUUUGGACAUCUAUGGCCAGAGUAGCUACCUAUCACUCAUGACUGAAAUGACCAUGCUUAGAAAACAGUCAAGUUACUCCGUAUUGUUGUCUUUAGGCGGUUUGAUCGACCAUGAGUAGAGCAGUAUUUGUGAUGAGGUUGCAUUAGCCUCUAAUAUAUGAUUGGUGGAGACUGCAGUACUUGCUGCAGUCUUUGAUAUGUGCUAUAUUGCUCUGUGUGAUA